AUGAAUGUGCACGGAUUGUACCACCUGUGCACCUUCAUCGGCUACGGUGUUGCGCCCGGGCCGGCAUUUCACGAUGCCGGGGUGACAACGGCGGUCAGGGCGACCGGAUUCCACCGGUCGCGCCCCCCUUCAGGCUUCCUUGGUGUCGACGAACGCCUGCGGGAUGCGUCGCCGGCACCGCGGCCAAAGCGCCGUGAACUGGUACAAGUGCCAGAUAUCGGAGCAGACGGCGUCGUGAGCUACGCGGGGGUGUUCAAGGAUGCGGACUUCCUGCCGCGGAGGGCUCUAGAGGAUGUCGACCCCGGCGUUCUGGCGCCAACGGGAGCGCCCACGGCCGUCGGACGCAUGCUGGCGGAGGUCGGCAUAGAGCGCCUGUCGCGACUGCAGCUGGCACUCUUCGACGAGCUGGCGUACGGGAACAACGCGCUGUUCCACUCGGCGACCUCUACGGGCAAGACGUUUUCGAUGCUGCUGUACGCGGCGCUGCGGUACUACUACGGGGUACCGCCGGAUCUGCUGUGCUCGCGAAAAGUGCACCAACUGUUCGAGUACGCAACCACAGCCCCUCCCAGCGCAGCGGGGCUGUUCCAACCGCCAGAUUCCCGUGCACUGCAACGGGUGAUGGUGCUGUGUCCGACCAAGGAGCUCGCGAUCCAGAGCGCGAAGCAGCUCAUCGCCUUCGCGGGAGGCGACAAGGACUGCGUGCGCCUGAUUAUAGACGACCAGGAGCACCUGCCUGAGGACAUCGGGCCCCGCAACGUCUUCGUCGUCGGCUCCGCCAACCAGCUCAACGUCUACCUGCUCACCAAGAGCAAGAGCUACGUGCGCGGGAUCAUGCAGCACGUGGGGCUGGUUAUCCUGGACGAGGUGGACAGGCUUCUGAAGGUCACGAACCAGUACGCCUCGGAGCGCAAGAAGCUCAUGUAUCGCAAGCACCCCACCGCGUCGUUCCAAAUAUGCCAGGCGCUGCUGGCACUCUCCCCCAACAAGCUCCAACUGGUGGGCGCCUCGGCCUCGAUCUCGAGGAACCACAUCCGAUUCUUCGACACGCUCAUCCAGUCGUAUCGCACCGUACGAUGCCCGCUGGCGAUCAUUCGCAACCGCGACGAGCAGACCGCCGCAAACAGAUACGUGGCCGUGCCGUCCUCGGUGCAGCACUAUUUCGCGGUGUCCAACACCGACAGCCUGGGCAACAAGGUCGGCAAGCUGGUGGAACUCGUACGCAACAGGGCGGGGGAACGCGCCAUAUUCUUCGUCGGCUCACAGCAUUCGUUGCUGUCGUUCACGCACUACAUGGAUCAAUACGGGCUGAAGUGCAAGGUGCUGCACCACGAAUUCGGGAUCCGUGACAACGUCUCGAAGCGCUUCAGCGGAGAGGUCGUCAAGGGGCUGUACGACCACCGCGAGUCGUCUGAGGCCCUGGACAUGUUCGAGGAGCUGCACAACGAACUCGACACUGACGGCGGCGAUUGCCGUUUAUACGCCGCUUCCAUGGACUCAGCGCGGGGGCUGCACUUUCCCACGCUGGACACUGUAUACAUGGUCGGGGUGCCGCGUAACGUCAACGAGUACGUGCACAUAUCGGGCCGAGUGGGACGGUGCGGCAGAGUGGGCAACUGCAUCACGGUGGACACCAUCGCAAACGUGAAGAAGGUCCUGGCGUGGCAGAAGGGCAUCGACUGCACAAUAUCGCCUCUAGACGCGUCCGAUGCCACUGCGCUCGCCGAGUUCCGGGGAUACGCGCCGCACGCUAGAAAUGACGACGAGCAAUGA